GAGGGAUCGAACCUCCAGAGUCGUCUCUUGUCAUCAGACACUGACAGGAACUGAGCUGAUGAAAAUGACUCAUCAAAGUUCACCUGCUGAGAUUGAACUUACAUGUUAUUACAGUGUAGAACAAAGAGGAACUAUAUCUGUGUCUCCACUUAGUAACUCUAUCAUCAUAGAGAGUCUGGUUCCACCUGAGCUGACAGUGACUCCACUGGUGAUCACAGAGUCAGACUCAGUCACUGUGAACUGUCAGACUCCAUCAUCUGUUCCUCUGAGUCAGUGUUACUUUAACUUUGGUAAAGACAAACCUGCCAAACCCUUCUCUUGUCAGAAGACGCUGACAGGAACUGAACUGCUGCAAAUCACAAACCAAAAUUCACCUGCUGAAGUUGCAGUCAGCUGUUUUUACCUUAAAACGCAUCGGGCUCCAAACAGUAAUGUGUUCUCCAUCAGCAUACGACUACCUCGGCCUGAGCUGACAGUGACUCCACUGGUGAUCACAGAGUCACACUCAGUCACUGUGAACUGUCAGACUCCAUCAUCUGUUCCUGUCUAUCAGUGUUGGCUCUACUCAGUGAGGGAUCAAACCUCCAGAGUCGUCUCUUGUCAUCAGACACUGACAGGAACUGAGCUGAUGAAAAUGACUCAUCAAAGAAGCCUGAUGAGGAAUCUGCUUGUAAUUGUGACCAGUUUUGGAGCAAUUGUUACUGAACUGGGCCUGGUUCUGUUCUGUGCAAGAAGAAACGAUAAGAACUGGGGUCACAUGUGUCACGGAACGGCAGAGAAAGGACCCACAUGCGCAGCACAGAGAACUCAGACAGGUAGUAGUGCUUAA